CAAUCCCUACCCCUAUUCCCCUUUCCGGUCACCACUUACGACCUCGUUGCUCCUACAAGGGGACAAUUGACAAACAGUAGACCCACAACGUCCUCGACCCUACAGUCCGUCAUGACUACUGAGCUUAGCACGGGAUGUAUUGAUCUCAUGGCUCGGACGACGGAUCCUUCGCAGUCUGUCCCACCUGAAGAGGCAAUCUGUCAGAUUCUGAGCAUCAAGAAGAUUGCAGCCACCAAUCCACAGGCGGGAGACAGGUACAGAAUCAUCCUCAGUGAUGGAGUGCAUUUUGCCCAGGCGAUGUUGGCUUCUCAGCUCAAACACAUCGUCGAGACGGGUGCAAUUGACCGUAACUCCGUCGUCCGUAUCAACCAGUACGCAGCCAACAACGUCCAAGGCCGAAGGAUUCUCAUCCUGCUUGGCCUCGAUUCUCUCGGGCCUCCUUUGACAGAGAGAAUUGGCGCACCUGUGAAUUGGGAACAAAGUCAGCAGAAUGGGGGAGCAAAUGGAGCAGCUGGGGGUGCAGCAUCUAGGCCCGCCAAUGGUGCUGCUCCGAAGCCGGAGGCUGGAGCAAGCAACGGCAAGCCUGCAUUGGGUGGAGCUAAGCCUGCCGGAACAAAGCCUCUGUCUCGAGGGCCUAGCAUGGCCAACGGAGCUCCUAUCUACCCUAUCGAGGGUCUCUCCCCAUACCAGAACAAGUGGACCAUCAAGGCUCGAGUCACCUCCAAGUCUGAUAUCAAGCACUGGUCAAAUCAGAGAGGUGAGGGCAAGCUGUUCUCCGUCAACCUCCUCGAUGAGUCUGGGGAGAUCAAGGCAACCGGCUUCAACGAUGCAGUGGAUAAGUUCUACCAUCUCCUGCAGGAGAACAAGGUCUUCUACAUUUCGAAGGCCCGCGUCAACAUUGCGAAGAAGCAGUUCAGCAACCUCAACAACGAGUACGAAAUCGCUUUCGAGAACAGCACCGAGAUCGAGGAGUGUCUCGAUGCCACCGACGUGCCGGAAGUCAAGUACACAUUUGUGCCCAUCGACCAGCUCGACGGAGUGGAGCCUAACCAGACUUGCGAUGUCAUUGGAGUGGUCGACUCGAUUGGCGAGUCGAAUGAGAUCAUCUCAAAAGCGUCGCAGAAGCCUAUUACCAAGCGCGAGUUGAACAUGGCAGACCAAAGUGGCAUGAGUGUCAAGCUGACACUUUGGGGCAAGACAGCCGAGACGUUCGAUGCUUCUCUCGACAAGCCCAUCAUCGCUUUUAAGGGUGUCAAGGUCAGCGACUUUGGUGGCCGAUCGCUCUCGAUGUUCUCGUCGUCGACCAUGAUGAUCAACCCCGACAUCCCAGAGGCUCACGGACUACGUGGCUGGUACGACAAUGAAGGCGCUGGUGCUGCUGGCAACUUCAAGACUUUUGCCGGCUCUGGACUUGGAGGUCUGGGUGCUGGAGGAGGAAAUGCUGGAUCCAACAUGUCUGAGAGGAGGACGAUCGCCCAGGCAAAGGAAGAAGGCCUGGGUAUGUCGGGCGAGAAGCCCGACUAUUUCAACAUGCGUGCAACAGUCGUCUACAUCAAGCAGGAGAAUCUGUCCUACCCUGCUUGCCCAAGCCAAAAUUGCAACAAGAAGGUGCAACAGGAGGACGAUGGUUCGUGGAGGUGUGAGAAGUGCGACGCCACAUAUCCUGCCCCAGAGUACCGGUACAUUCUUGCAGCCAACGUCUCUGACCACACCGAUGCAAUGUGGCUGAGCGGCUUCAACGACAUUGGCGAGCUGCUCAUCGGUAUGACUGCCACUGAGCUGGAGAAGAUCAAGGCGGAGAGUGAGACGGAAUUUGCUUCUGUGCUGCACAAGGCGACGAACAAGAUGUUCAUGUUCAACAUCCGAGCCAAGCAGGACAGCUUCAACGAUAUGACCAGGGUGCGCUACACGGUCACCAAGGCCACCCCUGUCGACUGGGCCGCUUCCGCGAACGAGCUGGCAGAUGCGAUCAAGGCUCAGCUCUAGAUGGCAGGCUGCUGCUGAGCGAGUGUUGGUUUUGUUGUAGUCAGGGCGGCAAGAUUGGUGUAGCUGCCUGUACUAUAGUCCUUCUGCCUGUUCUGCGUUGGCAUCUCUUUCCAUGUCCGUUCCUUGUUGUCGU